AUGCUGUAUUUCCCACAGCAAAACGUCGUGGAAAAGUGGUUACACUUGCGUACUCAAACUACCAAAGAUUUUGAACUCCGUAUAAUCUUUUUGCGCAAUCGUUGGCAAAAUUUGGAUCGUUUACUUGGUCCGAAACGAAUCAUCUACGUGGGUGCAAUAGCCCUGCGACUUUCUUCAUUCUUUAUGAGUGUGACGCAAAAUCUACGGGACUGGAUCCGGAUCUACAUGCGAUAUUUGUACGAUUCGGCGGAAAACUACUACAAUACAGCACAGAAAAUGAUUUUGGCCAAACGCAAAGUGCUUCGCAAACGGCCAACCUCUCUGGUGGAAAUGAAAGAACUUUUAAGCGUUAUGGCAGAAAUCCGUGGCGGUGCAUGUGAAGUUAUCGACGAUCACCUGAUGAAAGUUGCUGAACGUUUGCGGAUAAUUCGACUAUAUGGGGACCAG